AUGACAUGCGACUGCAAUCCGGGCCAAAUGAAGCUGAAAAAAAAGGAAAUUGCCGACUUCUCGAAGUGGCUGUUUCAAAUUGGUGAAGGCAAACUUUCUGAGCCAAAUGAUGGAUUUGCCGACAUUCAGGUGCCACCAGAACUUUUGAUCACAGAUUACACAGACCCAAUCGUUUCCAUCGUUAAUAGUACUUAUCCUGAUUUUAUCGAAAAUUACCAGUCUAACGACUACCUUAAAAGGGUGACCAAGGAUUACUACAGCUCAAAUACUAUCGAUAGGUCUGAAAUUCACGACACCAAUGUAAUCGAUAUACUCACACCCGAGUUUCUCAGUUCACUAACUACUUCGGGUUUACCUAACCACCUCAUUAGGUUGAAGGUAGGAACACCUGUUAUGCUUAUGCGUAACAUAGAUCAGCCGGAGGGUCUGUGUAACGGUACUAGGGUAAUGAUAACUAAGAUGGGAAACCAUGUCAUCGAGGCGAAAAUAAUGGCGGGAAAGUGUUGUGGAACCUUGGUCUACAUCCCUCGAAUGGAUAUGUCUCCCUCACAGUCUCCUUGGCCCUUCAAACUCAAACGGCGUCAAUUUCCAAUAAUUGUCUCAUAUGCGAUGGCGAUAAAUAAAUCUCAAGGACAAUCUCUGGACACAGUAGGACUUUAUUUGCCAAGAGACGUAUUUACUCAUGGCCAAAUCUACGUGGCACUGUCAAGGGUAACAACGAAGCAAGGAAUCAAUAUUUUGGUAUAUGACGAAAUCGGCAUGUUAAAGUCUACUACUACAAAUGUUGUGUAUAAAGAGGUUUUCCACAAUAUAUAA